AUCAUUGUCUCUCUCGCUCUCUUCCCCUGUGUCUCCCUUUACCAAUUAGCUUUCCACGACGACGACGACGGAGAAAGCAAACUAAGUAACCUCAGAGAAAGUCACCAUCUUUCUUCUCCCCCGAUCCUAUCGUUCUCGUGGAUGCGAUUAUAAAGAAUCGCUCUUUUCGAUCACUAUGGAUGAGUCGUUCGCUAAUCUACAGACGAGCCAUUUGCUUGGUUCAGUUCCCGCUGUGAUCAGCGAUGACGACAAGAAGAGCACUAAUGUGCAUAUAGCUAGCGUUAAUGAAGCAGGUCCUUCUGCAAACAUGCAGAUAUUUCCACCGCAUCAAGGAAACAAUGCAGCAAAGGGUUAUCAAACUCUUCAGACCCCAACAGAAGGACCUGAACAGCAGCCGUCGAACAACUGGAAGGGAUACUUUAACGUCUACUCGUACGCCCAGUACUUCAACGUUGACACCGACGUUGUUCUGAACAGAUUGAUGAGUUCCUUGUACCCCACCACUGGUGAUUUUUUCAGCAAGAUUGAUGCCAACCCUGAUUUGUAUGGCCUUGUCUGGAUCUGCACUACGCUUGUAUUUGUGCUUUCCUCUCUCGGAAACUGUGCCACGUACCUCGUGAAGAAACGAACCGACAGUGAAGCACCUUGGGUCUUUGAUGUGAACUAUAUAAACUUGGCAGCAUCUUUGAUCUACGGCUAUGCAAUAAUUGUGCCGGUGGCGUUUUAUUUCUCACUCCGGUAUAUGGGGUCCAGAGCUGAUCUUCUAAGAUUCUGGUGCCUCUGGGGAUACUCUCUCUUCAUUUUCGUUCCAACCACUCUUCCAUUGCUUAUUCCAGUGGAGUUUCUGAGAUGGGUGAUUAUACUCUUAGCUGGUGGCGCAUCGUCCUGCUUUGUUGCCCUGAAUCUACGGUCUUACCUUGAGGCGAGCAAUGAUCUGACGGCUGUUGUGGCUGCAGCGUUUGGUCUGCAAAUGGUUCUGUCUAUCUUCGUCAAAGUCUGGUUCUUUCCUUAAGUCCCUCCACACCACACGAUAAAACAUAUAUAUAAUGUUUGUAAAAAACGUUUUAGAUUUUGAUGUGAUGUGGUAGAACAAUUGAAUUUGUCAUUACCAGAGAAACAAAACCCCACAAAGUAACAUAUACACUGAACUGAAUCAUCGGGAUUCGUUUUGACUUGCUUAGUUUCUUGUUUGCUUGUUUUUUUUUUUGUGAGUUGAAUUGUCUUAGGAUUUUAUAAUUUAAAUGGUUGAUUUUUAUCUGGCA